CACAGUAUCAACCUCCUGAAUAAAAAAAAAAGUCAGCUGACCGCGGCGCAUUGCACAGAAUGAAGGAGUGGUUCAGUCCGCUGCUGAUGUGGAGAAGGGAAAACGAAACCAAACAGCUUCGUCUGUCCAAGUGUUGUCAACAAAAUUCCUCUGCAGAUAGUGAUUUUAACAGGUUCAGUCAACGCACAAGUUGGUGACCAUUAGCUCAGUAAACGAUCAGAAUUACAUUCUUCGUGUUUCUUUUUAUUUCGCCCCGCAGAUAAAAAGAUAACGUCCUGUUAAGGAAAGGAGGACAGCAAACCGCGAGAAGAAUGUCUGCUGCAAGAGAGGAACUCCAGGAGGCCUUGUGCUGCUACACCACAGAUACCCUCACCUACAUCGACACAGUGAGAGGAUUCUGUGAGAGGAGCUCUAAAUGGAUGCUCGGGAGAGAGACAGAGGUGGAUGUGAUGAUGGACAUCAAGGACAGGGCUGACAGCAUCGACCUAGAUAUCGGCCAUGUUACCCAGUCAGAGGACAGAGGUAGGUAAGGCUAUUGGGAAUAUAUGAAGAGCAAGGUAACCCAGGUGACUGCAGACAGCAGGCGUGCAGAGCUGGAGAAAGAGCUUGCUGCCGUGCUGAAGGGCACUCUGGGAGGAUUGGAGGAGCUCGACCGCUUCCUGGAUGCAGUGGAGACGCUGGCGGUCACCUCGCUUCAUGUAUUCAAAGAGGAGAACCAGGUGUUGCGUCUGCCAGAAGGGAUCAGUCCUGAAGAUGUUCAGGUUGUCAUCACAGCUGCGCGGCUGAUCUGCCCUCUCCUCCUUGAAUUUAAAAGAGAUGCAAGUGUCUUCUUCCUUCCCAAACUUCAGAAUGUGGAAGUGCUGUCAUAUCAGCUGGACAAAUACAUUCAGACCACCCAGAAAAUCUGUGAGAAGUUAGACAAAAGCUGCCUCUUUGAGUUUUGCCUGAAGGACACAGAGACUGUGGUGGACCUCAAUGUGGAUUUGUCUGAGGAUGACAUACAAAGGAUGCUUCAUCACAUUAAUCUGCUCGAUGAAAUCAGGAAGAACCAGAACUUCCGCAUGAUGUUCUUGUUUCAGAAUGAGCCAUGUUCUGGCUUCAUCCGUGAGUUCAGUGAGAGACAGCCCAGGAUGCUGCAGUUUCUCAAAGAGCUGGAGGAGAACGCUGUCCAGCUGGACAGGAUGAAUACAGGAGCAAAGAUCUCCAGUGUGGCAGGCAGCUCAGUGGGGGCAGUUGGAGGUGUGCUCUCUAUCAUUGGUUUGGCAUUGAUUCCUGUAACAGCUGGAGUGUCUCUGGCUCUGACAAUGACCGGGGUAGGGCUGGGAAUUACCAGCGGAGUCAACAGUGCUGUCACGGCCGCCACAGAGAUUGGAGUAAACCGCAAACAUCAAAAGAAAGCGAGUGAAGUCUUCCAGAGCUUCAUGGAGGAUGUGCAAGUACUCCAGGAUUGUCUGGAGGACGUCACCCAAAGCGUAACGACCCAGAUUGACAUGCUUCUGGGAGUGAGCAAGGUGCUUUGUAAAAUCGGAACUAUUGGAAAGGGUAUUGAUUCACUUGUUGAUGCUGCCUCCGCUGUUAAGGUGUUAAAAAGUGAUGAGCUGAUUGCAAGUGCUGGCAAAGUGGCGGUGCAGGAAGGAAAAGCCCUACGUAACGUCCCCAGGGUGGCAGCAGAUCUUCCAGAUAUUGGACAGGCAGCAGUCAAAGGACCUCUUGCCCUCUCUAAGUCAGCCAGAGCCGGUCUUAUCGGGCUCAACGCUCUCUUCCUUGGCAUGGAUAUCUUCUUCAUCUGUAAAGACAGCGUCAGUUUGGCCAAAGGCUGCGAGACUGAAGUCUCAGAGUUCAUCAGAGCCAGAGCUGCACUUUGGAGCUCAGAGAUGGACUCAUGGCAGAAGAUCCAUGACUUACUGAGCGAAGGUCUCGAGACAUCAGAAAAAAACAAAGCUAACCUGGAGACGCCAUUUUAUCCAGAGACGGAGAUGAAGAAACGAGGAGAAACAGAAAAAGAAAUUCCCUCUGAGGAAUUGGAUGAAAUACCAAAAGUGACAGAGAAUCAAAACUGUUCAAUACAGUAGUGCUUAGUGAACAGAGACAAUACUACGUUUGUGUCACCAAUCAUUUUUGCCAACUCUGAUGCUGUGAUCAGAUAUGAGAUCUGUUUAAACUCAGCUUUAUAGAUCAUGUAAUAGGUAAUGGGCAAUUAAAAUCUAGUAGCUUUGAAUCUAUAAACCUUUUGCCAAAUUAGUUUGAAAACAUAAUGUAUCAUAGGUGUAAUUUUGUACUUUUCCUGAUGAUAAAUGUAACCGCCAUAAAAAAAAUUAAUGCAAAAUUCAUUCUG